GUUAAAUUUCGUUUGGUUAUUGGGAGUUAUAGUUCAGAAGUGAAGAAUUCUAUCGAGUUUAACAUAUCCUGUUAUCUACUAAUAAUUUUGACAAAUCUAAGUUUUAUAAUAUCACCAGAAAGCUAAGAAGGCAUUGUGUUUAUUUGGAAACACAAUAUACUCAACAUAACAUCGGAAAGAUACAAACUGUGGCAAGUACUUAUUUUCACUAAAAUCUGUUGGAAUAAUUUAUCAUUCCAUGGUACAACUUAUUUAUUACGAAAGCCGUGGGAUAUCCUGCAGUUAUCUUCUACGCAAUGGAAUGAAAAAAGUGGUAGUCAAAUUGGAAGCAUGUGAAAAUUGGCCAUAUCCAAGUUCAGAGUCACAGUGGCUAUUGACAUUUAAUCGAUUUUUAAGAAAUUGGUGCAAAGUUGUUCAAAUAACAAGCGGAGGAACUAAACGAUAUGAAACAAUCGGACAUGCAACAUUUACGAAACUAGAGGGCACAAUGUUUGUAACAGGAAAAUUUAAAACUGAUUUGGCAGGAAAGCAACAAAAACUGCCAGAUUUUUGUUUGUAUCUAACUACAAACAUCAUGGAUACUGAUUUUUAUCGUGGAUGUUUACUAACUGGAAUGUUGGAGAGAGGCAAUCGAAAAUUAGGCAUUUGGGAGUCGACACAUUAUGCGUAUGUUAAACGCGAAGGUUACUGAAAACAACAUUCUACUCUUUGUUGUCAUUAUUUUUGUAAAUUUUAUUGAAGCAGUUUUUAAAAUUGUGUUCGGGUGUGUA